AUGAAGAGAAUGAUACUGGCUGCGGCUCUUGUUGGGGGAGCUGCUGCCCUGGUGGCGAACAAGCCUAUCAAGGCGACGAAUACAGACUGUGGAAUCAUCUGCACCGACGAGGUGAACGAGUGCGGCCAGAAAUUCGGAGGGUGCUACGAUCCCUGUGUCGAUCCGGUUCCCACGCCGCCUCCUUGCACGGUUCCAUAUGUGACUAGCUGGCACCCAACACCAAUGCCAACUCCUACUUCUCCGGUCGAAAUCUAUAAUUGCAGCGCGAUUACCGUCUGCGUGGAUGGAAUAAACAGCUGUGGCAUUCCCUUUGGAGGAUGUUUUCCUGACUGCAAGCCGUGGAAUAUCAUUGUGCCUCCAUGUCCAGAGGAUGACAUUGACGCUGUUCCGUUCAACCCAUUUAACCCAAUUCCGUCGACGCCAGCUUCAGAGACUCCGCCUUCAGAUAUUCCAGCUUCAGAGACUCCAGCCCCAGAGUCACCAGCUUUGGAGGCACCAGUCUUGGAAGUUCCAUUUAUAGAAAGCCCAGUGGCAGAAGUAGAUGAAGAUGCAGAUGGCCCAGUCCCGUGGAUUCCUGGGGACUUCGAUGAUUGGUUUGACUGA